AUGGACUCCUACGCUCCCCGUGCCUGCUACUCGUGUGGCAACCCUGACCACCAGUCUCGUGACUGCCCCAACAAGCCUGCUGCUAAGUGCUACAACUGUGGUGGCGCUGGUCACAUGAGCCGCGAUUGCCAGGAGCCUAUGAAGGACAACAAGGCCUGCUACAAGUGCGGCCAGGCCGGUCACAUCUCCCGCGACUGCCCCAUGAACGGCGGCUCCGGUGCCCCCCGUGGUUCGACUGAGUGCUACAAGUGCGGUCAGGUUGGCCACAUUGCCCGCAACUGCCCUACCGCUGGUGGCUAUGGCGGCAACGCUGGCUUCGGUGGUGGCUUCGGCGGUAACAGCGCCGGGAAGACGUGCUACUCCUGCGGCGGCCACGGCCACAUGUCUCGCGAGUGUGUCAACGGCAUGAAGUGCUACAACUGCGGCGAGUCCGGCCACUACUCGCGCGACUGCCCCAAGGAGUCCGCUGGCGGCGAGAAGAUCUGCUACAAGUGCCAGCAGUCUGGCCACGUCCAGGCCGCUUGCCCCAACGCCUAA